AUGGGUAACAGGUCAAGUCUUCUUUUACGCGAGGAUGAAAUAGCGCAGAUACAAAAUGCUACUGGUUUUACACCAAAUCAGAUUGAACGUUUGUACAGCCGCUUUACAAGUCUCGAUCGCGGAGAUUGUGGAACACUUAGUCGAGAAGAUUUUCUCAGAAUCCCAGAAUUGGCGAUAAAUCCUCUUGGUGAAAGAAUAGUGAAUGCUUUCUUUGAAGAAAGUGGAAAUGACAGAGUGAAUUUUCUACAAUUUAUGCAAGUUUUGGCCCAUUUUAGACCUAUCAAGAAGAACAGUCCCAAUCGAUUGAAUUCUAGGCAGCAAAAGUUGAAAUUUGCAUUUAAAAUGUAUGAUUUGGAUAACGACGAUCUGAUAUCAAAAGAUGAACUACUUGCUAUUUUACAUAUGAUGGUUGGUGCAAAUAUUAGUGAAGAACAACUAACCAGUAUUGCAGAACGGACUAUAGUUGAGGCCGAUGAAAAUGGUGAUGGUAUGAUAUCAUUCGAAGAAUUUUGUAAGGCAUUAGAACGUACAGAUGUUGAGCAGAAAAUGUCGAUAAGAUUUCUUAGUUAAACUGAUUGUUGUUUUAUAUAAACUAGAAUAGAAUAUAAUAGAUGUUAGG